AUGUUGGACUGGUCGCGACACGGCCUCAAUACACUUGAAGGAGCGACCAACCCACUUGAGGUCCUCUCCCUUGGGAAUCCUGCGCUGCGUCCUCGCCAGACACAAUCGAGAUUCCUAAACCAAAAUUCCCAAAAUUUUGCGGUGAACGGGAGUUCGAUCCCAGAGGUUGAUUUCGACGUUGGCGAGUCCUUCGCCGGAUUGUUGCCUAUCAAUGGGACGGACAAUCGAAAUCAGCUCUUCUUCUGGUUCUUUCCAUCUACGAACCCAGAGCCCAAGGAAGAGAUAUUAAUAUGGCUCACUGGAGGACCAGGAUGUUCCUCGAUCGGGGAACUUCUGCAAGAAAACGGACCUGUUCUAUGGCCUCCUGGAGUCUUCAAGCCUGUCAGAAAUAAAUGGAGUUGGCACCACUUGACGAACGUGGUGUGGGUUGAUCAACCUGUCGGCACUGGUUUCUCCCAAGGCGAGGUGACUGCGAGAAAUGAAUUCGACGUCGCUAGGCAGUUUAUGGGGUUCUGGAAGAACUUCGUCGACUUGUUUGGAAUGCAAAAUUACAAGAUUUACAUCACAGGCGCCUCUUACGCGGGCUUGUAUUGCCCAUAUAUUGCUCACCAGAUGAUCGAGGCAGAAGAUCCGGAAUAUUCCGAUGUUGGCGGUAUGAUGGUCUUCGAUGCACUUUACUCCAAGGAGGCGGUAUCUCAAGAUAUCCCAAUGGUACCAUUCGUUGACUCCUGGGAGAGGGCAUUCAAUUUCAACAGGACCUUCACCGAACUCAUCCAUACCCGGGCCGGCGAAUGUGGCUACACGCAAUACCUGGAAGAGUUCCUUGUUUUCCCUCCAGCGCGGGAGCAGCCGUCAAAUUUGCCCGGCUAUAACGAAGAUGGAUCACCGAAGCCUGGCUGUGACAUGAUCAACCAAGUUUUCGCAGCUGCGGUUGAGCUGAACCCGUGCUUUAGCGUGUAUUCUGUAUUCGAUCAUUGCCCACGACCUCACGAUCCACUGGGCUUCAGCGGCGGCUCCCUGAUUGUGCGCCCCGACGCAGGUGCGGUGUACUUCGACCAUCCUGAUGUCAAGGCAGCCAUUCAUGCGCCUGCAGAUACCCAGUGGGUCUUUUGCUCAAGCCAAGCGGGCCGGUCGGUCUUUGUCGAUGGUGUGGACGAGUCCCUAAACGGGGGACCCGCUAGCCAGCCCGUUCUUCCUAAAGUCAUUGAGACUACAGGCAAUGUUCUCCUAGGUCAUGGAGAACGAGAUUUCGUCUUGACAACUGCCGGAACGCUUCUUGCUAUUCAAAAUAUCACUUGGGGUGGUGAAAGGGGUUUCCAGGCUGAGCCCAACCGCCCCCUGUUUGUCCCCUAUCACGUUGAUCAAGAACUAGACGUCCUCGCGGGAGGAGGCAUAUUUGGAUCCUGGCACGAGGAGAGGGGCCUCAUGUACUUUAGCGUUGACGGAGCGGGACACUUCUUAACGAUUGACCAGCCAGCCGUGGCUUUCAGAGCAGUUGAGAUUUUACUUGGGAGGGUUGAGAAUUUCCAGUCAACAAGUCCCUUUACGACGGAUGGCAAUGCCACUCAACAGCCCAUGCUGGACCUGGGAGUUGAGUCUACUGGGGGUGUCGCCCUGCAAUCGACGGCGGAUCGAUCGGAAUCCAGUCAGGUUUCUCUUGGAAUGGAAUGGGUGAUGGUAGUCGUUUUCCUUGGUAUUUCUGUUUUUGAUUUACGUGUGUGA